GCCGGCGGGGUUGCCGGGGCAACGGGCGCGAGGCCUGCUCUCCUCCCCGCGACCCGCCUCGAUUUGUGCGCCGCGGCCGACGCUUCUCUCUCCUGGCUCGGAGCCCCGCCCGCUCGAGCCACCGCCGCUUCAGCGCGGCUUCGGGGGCCGCGGCUAUUACUCGGGGGCUGCAGUUAUUAUUAUUAUUAUUAUGUCGCUGCUGAGGGCGAGUCGCUUGCCGGCCUCGGGAGCCAAGAGGAAGCCGCCCAAGAAGGCGAGGAGGAAGAAGCAGGACUGGGACGUGAGUACGAGCGGGGGGAGAAGCUGUGAAGAAGAAGAAGAAGAAGAAUAAUAAUAAUAAUAAUAAUAAUAAUAACCUAUUUCCCUUUUAGUCGCAAGAGUCGUAGAUCUGAUUCGCAAAUGCAAUUCACGCUUCCUAAAUGCCUUAUGACAGAUUCCAUUUGCUUUUUUUAAAAAAACGAAACAACCAAAAGCUUUACUUUUCCAGUUUAUCACCACAACAGUUAGCAACACUAUUAAUAAUCAGCAAAGCAAAUAAUUCAAUUAGACAGCGCCUGUAUGACAUGGAGCGACAGAAUAAUCUGGCCCCGAUAAGGAAAUGUCGGUGGUAGGAUUACUUUCCACCUGGUCGCCUUGACACUUGGCGAAAUUUGCAAAAUUUAACGGUCCCCAAAUACAGACGUGCUUUCACUUUGGCAAGUUUGAAUAUCCUGCCUUCAGCUGCACUUGAGAGUCGAUUUCCAAAAAAUCCACUGUGGAGAUGGCAGUAUUGAGUCCGUGGCGCAUGUGCUUCUGGUCUGCACACUUUAUAAAGAUUUGAGGAGUGAGGUGAUUAUCCCUCUAUUAUUGUCCUUUCCGGGUCGCUCAGCCAUUGAUACCGUGUCCUUUCAAGAUGAUCAGGUGACAGCAAAAACUGGAAGGGCAAUUAGAAUAAUAUCUCUUAUUUGAUUAUUGAUGUCAACCCCCCAAAUGUAUUUUCUAUAGUUAAGUUUUUACCUCUAUCUUCAGUAUAUUUUAUUCUAUUUUAUUGCUAUGGCUAGUGGCUGAUGCAAAUAAAGAUUCCUCUUGAGUUGGAGAAGAAGGCGGGUUUUGCCCAGCAGGUUUGGAAUCAAAACCUAAAAGGAACCAAACCCAAUAAAAUCUUGGGUGUAAGCUUUUGACUUUACCAACACUUCUGUUCAGGCUGGAUUAUUAUAUAUAUAUAGAGAGAGAGACAGAGAGAGAGAAAGAGAUUAGUGCCUCCCAAACUUUUUUUGGCCAUGCCCCACCUAAACACCUCUAAAAUCCUGAUGCCACCCCUCCUACCCCCAUGACAUAUAAUUCUUAGUAUUCAAAAAGUGAACUAUUUACGUGGAGGAAGCCUAAAAGGCCAUUAACUCAGUGUAACUCACUCUCAAAUGGCCCCACUUAAAAAUCAAAUUGCUCCCCUUUGGGGGUGGGCCCCGCGUUGGGAACCAUGGAUAUAUAUACAGUGGUACCUCGGGUUAAGUACUUAUUUCGUUCUGGAGGUCCGUUCUUAACCUGAAACUGUUCUUAACCUGAAGCACCACUUUAGCUAAUGGGGCCUCCCGCUGCUGCUGCGCCACUGCAAUGUGAUUUCUGUUCUCAUCCUGAAGCAAAGUUCUUAACCUGAGGUACUAUUUCUGGGUUAGCGGAGUCUGUAACCUGAAGCAUAUGUAACCUGAAGCGUCUGUAACCCGAGGUACCACUGUAUAGAGGGAGAGAGAGGGUGGGGGGAGAAGGUGUUAGGGGUAUAAAAGCUUUCGUUUGUGGAAGCUUCCUUUGUGCUUAUGCAGGAAUUGCUGCCCCAAUGGGAUACGGAGGGAGAGAUUUGCGAGGCGUGGAAGUUCUCAGGCUGUGCACCACUUCAUGAUUUUUUUGUUAGCCUCCAUCCUCCAUGGAGGAAUUAAUUCUGGAACUUUUAGUCCAGUUUGGUAACUUGUGCCUGAGUCUCCCCGAUUUCACGUGUCAAAACAAUCAAAGAUGUGAGAGCCCAGGCUAUCAAAAUUUAUGAGAAUUUAAAACCAUUUUUAAAAAUGUUUCCUUGGAAGUAUGCCUGCUUUAGCUAUUAUUUCCUUUGGUGUAUGUGCACAGACAUAAUAUUGCAGCAGUGCCAUACUCAGUUUUCUUCUUCUUUCAGUAAUGCAGUUCUUCUUGUCAGUAGCUUGCUCGCUUGGCAAAAGAUUCCUACAUUGCAGGGGCUUGGAUUAGAUGAUCCUCGUGGUCCCGUCCAACUCUUAGGAUUAUAAGACUUCCCUCAACUGAGGAGGCAGCGGUGCUCUUUCCAUUGUAUUGUACAGCCCUGCCCUCUAGGUUCCUGGGUGUGCUAAAAUGGGGUGGGAUGGUUAGAACUGACCCAUAGAAGAACUUGGAGAACAUAUGUUAUUAAUUUGAUGUACUUGGUUUCAUGUUCUAACCUUGCAUUUGGUAUGCUUUGUUGCAGAACACUGUUCAUGAUCUCACCGUGCAUCGUGCAACUCCUGAAGAUCUCGUAAGCUGGAAAUUUGUCUUUCUUGACAUACUGGGGAGGCACUUAAGGAGGCUUGUCUUAGACAUAAAAUUAUACAAGUAAACCACAGACUUGCUCUUUUCAAUUCUGGAUGUGUCCCAGUCAUGUAUAAGGUGGAGGCUGGGGUCCAGUGCUGGAUUUUGGAUGAAGAGGAAAUUGACUAGGGAGAGGGGUUACAAACUGCAAUGCUGGAAGUGCAAAGGGUGUGUGCAGUUAGCAUCCUGUAUCCCUGUAUGCUCCCUUCUGCUGCUGAUAGUGCAGGUCUCCACUACAUUUGAUGGCUACCCCAUUGGCCAUCCCUUAUCCAUCCCUUCCAUGCUUCUCUGUUGCUUGUUCUUCUCUCUUUCUCUGACAUGCUCAUAGUCCAUUGGAAAUCUUGUAUUAGGUGAACCAUCUCCAAGUGUUUAGAAGAAGAAGAAGAAGAGUUUGAUUUGAUAUCCCGCUUUAUCACUACCCUAAGGAGUCUCAAAGCAGCUAACAUUCUCCUUUCCCUUCCUCCCCCACAACAAACACUCUGUGAGGUGAGGCUGAGAGACUUCAGAGAAGUGUGACUAGCCCAGGGUCACCCAGCAGCUGCAGCUGCAGGUGGAGGAGCGGAGACGCGAACCCGGUUCCCCAGAUUACGAGACUACCGCUCUUCACCACUACACCACACUGGCUGCUUGUGCUUUUGUAACAGUCUGCAUAUGGCGCUAAGAUAGUGACCCUGCUGUCUAGUUUUGCCCAGUGUAUAGAAGUGUAAAGACAGAAAGCCUUCUAGUUGUUUUGUACCGUCACUAUCAUCUCCUUCAUUUGUUCCUUGGCUCUGGUUUGAGGAAAAUAUCUUCCUUUCCAGGUACGACGCCAUGAGAUGCACAAGUCAAAGAACAAAGGCAUUGUACACUUUGAACUGCAAGAAAAAGCACUGAAGAGCAGAUGGAAGAAGCAGAGACCAAGAGUUCCAGAAUCUCUGGAAAAAAAGAAACUGGCCUUGAUGAGAGAGGUAAGAAAUGGUUAUAGAGUUUCCUUGUGGCUGAUAUAGUAAGGUAGUCAUCAGCUGUGGUUCAGCUGGGGGUGAGGAGAGCUCUGUCUGCAUGGUGGCAUGCACUGUUCUUUCCUCCCAACUACCUGAGAUCCAGCUUACUUUUCAUGUUUGCUGCUGUGCAAGGCUUCCUGGUGAACUAUAUUCAUUCAUUAUAUGCCUGGAGUUCUCUAAUCUGGAGAGGGCACACUCAGCCUCAUAGUGUGCUUCAACCUUGAAAAGUGAAUAAGGUCACAAAAGUAUGUUUAUGCUGGUUAAAAGGGAGUCAGAAGCCACAUCCUCUGCGACCAGACGGCUGGGUUUUUUUGAAGCCUUCUACCAGGUGUCCUUGUAGAAAGGGGGUGGAAUGAUCCAUAAUUUCUCCACCAGCCCAGUGAAUUUGUUUGUUUGUUUAUAAGGUCUCAGAGCAGGUUACAACAAAACCAUUAUACCUUUAUAAAACCAAGUAAACCCAGUAAAAUUGUUUCAGACAAAAACAGAACAGUACAGAUUAAACAAAACCUGGAUCCCUUUUUAAAAAUUGGUGCUACAUUGGCUACUUCCCAGCCCUCAAAAGAUCUUAGGGACAAGUUAUAUAUUUUUGUUAUCCUUUUGUUAGCUAUAAUGUUGUCUUCAUUAAGGCGGGUCAUAAAAUAACAUCAUUUUCAAAGAAGCAUUUAGUAUUUUAGACAAUGCUGUACAAAUAAGCCUAAGAUGAGUGCUAAAGAGCGACUGGCAUAGACUGCCUUGGUCAUGCCUCAAAAUAAGUAAUUUCAAAUAUUUGCCACAUGUAGAUGUAUUUUUAAAUGUGUUACUUAUUGAAUUAAUCAUGCCCAUCUAUUGGUCCUAAUAAAAGGUAGCAGUAUUAAUAAUUUAUAUGAUUAAUAGUGGCAUGUAAGCUGUUUUGAAGAGUGGGUAGGGAAUGGGGAAGGAAAGAGAAGUAUAAAAUGUGUGUGUUCUGUGCUUUCAUUUUUUUAGAUUCUUUCUGAUCAGUACCAGUUACAGGAGGUCCUGGAGAGAUCUGAUCAGGCCAUGGCUGUGGUGAAGGAUCUAUUUGGAGAUGCUCCUCGCAGGCAUUUAGGUGAAGUUUUACUGAGUGAGAUAUAGUUUUGUUUAGCAGACCCAAGCAAACCCAAAAUGAAAGCUGUUUACUGGAAACGAUAGCUUCAUGUUUCCUAGUGUGAUAAUAACAUAGAAAUAUGUUCUUUGACGACAGCCACUACCAUGCCUCCAAAUUUUCCUUGUAGCAUACAGGCAAACCCCCCCCCCCCCAAUUUACACGUGUUCACAUCUAUCUGUGCAUUGUGCCGACCCCGGAAGUAACCUGGAAAUGUCAUACAAUACAUUUUAUGUAUUUAACAUAAAGGGUGGGUUGGGGCUGAAUGGGGUGUUUGCAGGCUUUUUCAAUUACACACAAUUUUACAGAAGUGCUUGAUGAUCCAGAAACCAAACCCUGCGCAAAUCGGGGGUUGCCUGUAUAAGCAAAUGAUCUAUUUAAACUGAAUUCUGUUGGUUUUGCUAAGAGAGUGAUGGCUGGGUCUUGACUGGUGCUCCAGAGAGUUACACAGUGUAAAUUGCCAGUGUGGAAACCAUAUUUUCUCCCUUUGUGUCUACAGAUGUUUCACCUACAGCAGCAUAUACACGUCCAUCCCAUUUGGCCUGAUAAAUUCCACCACAUACAGUCCUUUCCUCUGCAUUUGUUACUCAGUUGGCAAACUAUGAGCUGCAUCACGUUUCCUAUGAGGAAAGAGUACAGGUUUAUAAAGUGAUACAUAUAUUGUGGAGAAAGUGGAUAAAAGACCCUUCUCUCUCUUUCUGGCCCACAAAAGCGUAUCAUGCAAUAAAAAUUUAGUGUUUAAGAGCUUAUGGUGCCACACAAUGUUCUAUUGUUUUUCUACAACAAACUAACGGUAUCUAUAAUUCGUAGAAAUAUAAGAUAGUGUCUCCAUGGAAGGCAACAAAGGAUUGCUACGUUUAUUCAGUAGGCUCAACAGCUAAUCUUGGGCCUAAUGAAUGGAAGUCUUUAUUUCUUUUCUACCCUAAAGGUUUCCCAAAUGUGACUGUGGCUCCUGAUUAUGAUGUAGAAUCCUCUCAAGGUCCCAUCGUACAAAAAUGUGAUCCCCCCACACAGCUCUCUCUUCUUAGUGAUUCUGUCAUGGAUCCACAGGUGGUGUAUUUUCCAUGUAAACUUUGUCACUAAAUAAAUAGAAUAGACCACGGAAUGCGUCUUUUGCAUUUGAUACAUAGUCAUGCCUUUUCAAAUUAUACCAGUGUUAGUCAUUCUGUGGAGUGAAAUGAAAUGCCAAGCACAUGCCAGUUAAGAGAAGAUAUCUGCAGAUAAAUUGUUGAGGAUAAGAUCCAUAGUUGCAGCAGUGACUCUUAGGACAUAACAGAAGAGGCACUUGAAAUAACUCUUAAGACUGCAAUCCUUUGCAUACCUAUGUGGGAUUAAGUACCAUUGAACUUAGUGGGAUUUACUUCUGAGUAGACAUGCAUAGGGUUGUGCUGCAAAUACAAAAUUGAAUGCAGAAAUAUAUGUUUGUACUCUUUUUAUUUUAGCAAAUUACCUCCUGACAGUAGUGGGUACAAAUAAUGUUUAUUGAAACCUGAACACUUCAGUUUUGACUUUAAUGAAAUCAAGGCAACAUAGAUUGAAAGCAAUAGUGUGUUUGCACUAGUUGUUUAAAAAUGCUCUAGCAUUACAGUUAAGUAUUCCCUUUCCACUUCUGGGCAAUUGGGAAUUGUCUUUCUGCCCUCUGUUGGUGUGAAAUUAAAUUUCUUGGGACACAAAACUGUGUGUUUCCUUCAGCUGGGCUUGCAGCAGUUGUGAUUUCUGGCUAUUGGCUCACUGUGUUUUGUCAGCCUAUGAAAUAUGUCAGUUUAAAUUUCUCCCAUGCAAAUGUUUGAGAUGUUAUAUCUGUCUCCUGAAAGGCUCUCAAUGAAGUAGAAGGAGAAAAUUAUUUGAUGUGCAAGACAAACAGUGAGAACGAUACGUAUUUGAGCUUCAGAUCUGACACUGAUACAGAGAGGUAAGUGUAUCUCUUUACCUUCAUAGUUUUGUAUAACCUGCAUAAGCACAAAUAGUUUAUUGCUUGAUACAUGAUCUACUAAUCCAGCUAUUCAGCUCUGCUAUUAUCUCUCAUGUAUAUGAUCUUCUAAAUGUUGCUAUAAUGCUUAAAUAAAAUCAAACUUUUGCCUUUUAAAUUUAUAUUAAAAACAAUAUCACAAUAAACCAGAACAAGAUAUAGUACAUAUCCUUUACAUAUUUGUAACAUCACUGGGAGAUAUAAUUUUAAUAUCCAAAUACAGGCAUGUAACAAUGAAGGUUAAGCUAACACACACUGUGGCAAUAAAUAUUUCCAAAAUGUCUUCUUAAACUUAGGCAAUAUUAUAUUAGCAUCUUGUCUAGUUGAAAAUGUUGUGAAAGGCCUCCAUAUUGCUAUGACGUUAUCGUGACUUUCAGCACCUUUGAGGACUCUACUUUGCUUCCCAGCUACCACAAUAAACCACAUUUUGCCUGCCAGCAUUAAACUGUAAAUGGUGAUGAGUGAAGCCAGUGCUGGGCUAUUUCUAUUCAUGGUGCUGCUAGCAAAAAUAUAAUCAACUCUUUAUAAAAGAGCUCUUGUGUGGCUUCUGGAAUCACUGCUCAAAGGGCUAGUGCUGGAUCUAAUGCAGUCAGUUUUGUUCCACUAUAGCUGAUAUUUACCAAAAUACACUUUGCCAAAAGAAGUCUAGUAUGCGGCACUGAUAGCUAUCUAGCUCCAAGGUAGGUAUGAUGCUGUAAACUAAGCACAGCAUAGGGUACCAAACCAUGUCCAUUAUGGCUAAAAUAAUGUUUCUGUUAAGGGCAUGGCGAUAAAAUUGUAAUCUUCCUAAAGUUGCUCUGCAUCUCUGCUCUUCACUUAGGAUUCUUCACCUUCUGAAGGAAGAAAACUCUGGGGCCGGUGCCCAGCAAGAGGUUUCUAAGCAACAAGUAUCAUCACAGGAAGUCUAUGUGCUUUCAACCCCAACAACAAAUGUUCAGCCAUUGGGAUCCACAGGUUCAUUUUACUCUCUUUUUAAACAACGAACCAGUCAAAAAUGAAACAGUAGGUUCUGUGUCUUGCUGUAAGGAGGCAUGGGGAACCUGCUGCCCUCCAGAUGUCACACACCAUCUCCUCUUAGUCCCAGCCAGCAUGGCCAGUCACCACGGAUGAUGGGAACUGUAGUUUAGCAAUAUCUGGAGGAUCCCAAGUCCCCCACCUUGCUGUAGGGCAUGGAUGGAGAAUUGCAGGAUCAGGAGCCAGAUGUGGCCUCCAGAUCUCUCUGCCUGGCCCUCAGGCCACAGCCAGCACUGGCCUUGUUCCAUGCCCUCCUUAUCCUGGCUGAAAUGUAGCCAAGAGUCGUGGCUGGAUGGAGGAAUGAAGGCGGUGUUGGUGCAUAGAAAGCGCUUUGCAUAGAUCGAACAUAGGCUAGUGUACAAAGGUAAAAGUCCCAUUCAUUUCUCUGCUCACUUUUGCCUCUGGCCUCAUCCGUCACUGACAGACAGUCCCCGGAAAUUGCCCCAUGAGUAAAUGCAGCCCUCAUAUUGAAAAGGUUCCCCAACCCUUCUGUAGGGGAAGGUAUGUUCUGGAUUAUUUUAGACUAAUUAAAACACUGCCUACAUUUUUUUUUUUAAAUUCAUUUAGCCCUUAAUGCUACUAAUGUAGUCAAGAAAGUCCACUCAAAACUUCGGUAUGAAGAGCAGACUCCAGAUGCCACAUACAUUGUGCAGCAAGUACUGAACGCCAAUGUAAGGAAGCAAAAGCAAACCACAAAAGGUAUGUCUUAGUGUACCUCUUCUCGCGUAUAUUUCUCAGUCUCUGUUCGGUUGCGGCCUCCCUUGUGCCCAUCUGUGUGGAACAAGUUGUCUUUUGGAAGGAGUGAAUUAACCUUUUUAAAACCAGACUUUACUAAAUAUACGUAGUGUGAAGAUUCUUAUGUGAAACAAUCUGCACCCUUGGGAAAUAAUAAUUCCUGUGUAUAAUGUGUAUGUAUAUAGCGCUCAAAUCCAAGAUGUGUUUCUACACCUAGAGGGUGCUGCGGUCUCGAGGAAAGGAGCCAACAAGACCUUCAUUUCUUGUGAAUUGCUGCUAGCCUUCUGCUGCUCCUUAAUCUAGCUUGGAGUUUAAUCUAGUUUAUGCAUAAUACUGUUCUGUGAAUUUCAUAAAUAUUCCAGAUAGAAUUACAAAAGCAGUAAAAGGAAGAGUUUAGAUUCGAUAAGAAAAUAAGUACUGCAUACAUUCCAGCAUAUUAGCCAAAAUUAUUGUUUCUCCUUCACAUCCCCCCACCCCACAAUGCUCCCCCCUCCAUGGCCUAACUAGAUAAGUUUUAUUUUGUGCUGUUUUGCAGGUAUCUGCAGUAAGGUAAUAGUGUAGCAUUCACAAUUGGAUCACCUUGUUGGUCUGCCUCUUACUAUUUUGUGACUAGUAUACCUUUGAAGGGACGCGGGUGGCGCUGUGGGUUAAACCACAGAGCCUAGGACUUGCCGAUCAGAAGGUCGGCGGUUCGAAUCCCUGUGACAGGAUGAGCUCCCGUUGCUCGGUCCCUGCUCCUGCCAACCUAGCAGUUCAAAAGCACGUCAAAGUGCAAGUAGAUAAAUAGGUGGGAAGGUAAACGGUGUUUCCGUGCGCUGCUCUGGUUCGCCAGAAGCGGCUUAGUCAUGCUGGCCACAUGACCUGGAAGCUGUAUGCUGGCUCUCUCGGCCAAUAAAGCGAGAUGAGCGCCGCAACCCCAGAGUCGGUCACGACUGGACCUAAUGGUCAGGUGUCCCUUUACCUUUAUAUAAUAAUAAUAAUAAUUUUCCCAGCCACUCUGUCUAAUUGCUGUCUAAAGCUUGAGUUGUUUUGCAAGGAUUUAAAAUUUCUAAACCUUCAUCAAAGAUUAGCAAAGUGGUGGAGAACCUUAAUUCCCUUCAGCUAAAGUCCCCCUCCCUCGCUUUUAUUUGCGUCAAAGCACUCUGUUUAAGUGCUAACUUCUGCCUUGCUAAGGACAACAUGCUUCCUUGUCCUCUUCUCAGUGAGGAAGAAGCAAAGUGUGCAGACCCCAGAAGCGCAGAAGAGGAGUAACUCGAGUCCUGCUGCUGCAGCUCCCCUUGACCUCCCCAAUGGCAACAAAUCCAGCCUUGAGGUCUUGAACCAAAUGGUGCACAAUAUGGAGAAUGAAAUGGAAGAAUAUGAGAGAUGGAUGGGCCACGAAGUCCAGCAAGUCCACAGCAGCCGAGGUCUCUCUGGAUUUACCCGCUCGCUGGUGAACGCUCUGUGUCGCGUGCUGCGCUAUUUGAAGGAGGUGGGAAGAUAAGGCAAACUGCUGCUUGUAGCCACCGUAAUAUUUUGAGCGAUGUUGACUGUGCUUUUUCAGUAGUUUGGUGCUGUUUGUUUUAGGUUGUUUCCCAUUGAUUUUGAAGAAAGUAGUAUUUGGUUUGGAUUUAUGUCCAUUCUGUUGCACCAGCCUCACCCUUUAUGCCGUAGUAUUUUGGCUUCGACUUUGUAGGUACAGGAGGGAAAGCUUCGCCUUUCACUUUGAAGUCUGACCUUCAUUCAAUUGCUGCUGAACCCUGAUAACUCCUGCUUUCACAAUGAAUACUUCAGCUGUCACUUUACUGUGGCUGAUUCCUCACUCUCCCUCUUUCCCUGUCCCCAAAAGACCGAGACAAGGCUGCGUCAAGAAAAGCUGAACAGGGAGCAACUUGAAGGAGAGCUAAGUGAACACAGGGCCCUCAUUGAUGCUCUAACUGCUGAAGUCCUCCUGGCAAGAGAAGAAAAUAUUGCUAUGCAGGUACUACCCAGAAUCACUGCUAAGCUAUGUAACCGAGGCACGACCUGCAAUUGGAAUUUAAUGCCAGCCUAUAUUCCCUUUGUUUGGUGAUGUGAUGUGUUUCCAGACACAGUGCUUUGAAUGCAUUGGCAGAGCAGCAAGGGGCUAAAUGACUUUAGUAGCGUAACUUGAGUAAGAGAUGGACUUGUACCCCUUGUCAUCUUAUCUCUACGGGGGUUCAAGUCUGUAUCCUCAUGAUACAUUUGCAGUGUUCUCCUUGUUCACACCUAGUAUUUUUGCUUCCGCUGUGAGGGCAUAUCUGACCUUUUGGUUCCAACUUCAGAAUUCAUGUGAUAAACACUUUAGUAGCACUCAGUUAUUAUUUAUGUUAUAUGUCUAUUGCAUUAGUACAGUAGAAAGUAAAUAUGUGCUUAUGGGACUACUAGGGGUGUGGGCAGAUGCUUGGAAAUAACCCAUUAUGCUUCAUGUUUGCCUGUUGCAAGUGAAUCAGAAUGGCGAUUUUGGUGCCUUUCUUUCUCGCUUUUUGUCUUCUAGAAUAAGUUUCAGCACUACACGGUUGUAACAGAUGAACAAUUGACUUCACUCACACAUGCAUUUAAAGGGCUUCCCAUUACAGAUUCUGGGGAACUUUCAGUCAGGAGUCCAGAGGCAGCUCAAGGUAAAAGUCUUCACCAGGGAAACCUCAAUAAUCUGAGUGACACGACAGUUUCAAAACUUAGAGUUUUAGCUACAGCUGGACUGCUGCUUGAUAGCUGUCUGAUUUAUUCUGGUGGUGAUUGGUUCUGAAUGUGUAGGUACCUACACAUGGUGUUAAUUGUGGUUUUUCAGGCCUUUGCCCAAUACAGUGGAACCUUGGUUCUCGAACUUAAUCUGUUCGACUCCCGAAACCAUUCGAAAACCAAGACGCGGCUUCCGAUUGGCUGCAGGAGCUUCCUGCACCUCAAGCGGAAGCUGCGUUGGACAUUUGGCUUCUGAAAAAUGCUUACUUCCAGGUUUUUGGCGUUGGGGAGUCGAUUUGUUUAUCAGCUAAGCCAUUCGCAAACCAAGGUUUGACCGUACUAUAUCAAACAUGGAAGAGUAAAUAGCUGUUAUGGUCCCCAUUCCAACACUGCACUAAGUAAAGUAAAGGGACCCCUGACCAUUAGGUCCAGUCGUGACCGACUCUGGGGUUGUGGCGCUCAUCUCGCUUCAUUGGCCGAGGGAGCCAGCGUUUGUCUGCAGACAGCUUCCGGGUCAUGUGGCCAGCAUGACAAAGCUGCUUCUGGCAAACCAGAGCAGUGCACGGAAACGUAGGAGUAGACCUAUUUAUCUACUUGCACUUUGAGGUGCUUUUGAACUGCUAGGUUGGCAGGAGCAGGGACUGAGCAGCGGGAGCUCACCCCAUCGCGGGGAUUCGAACCGCCGACCUUCUGAUCGGCAAGUCCUAGGCUCUGUGGUUUAACCCACAGCGCCACCCGCGUCUCCCAACACUGCACUACUUUCCCACUAAAAUCCCUCCAGGCCGUUGUUGGUCUCUGAAGGUGAUAUUUGAAGUCAACAGCAAUUUUGGGGGAAAUGGCAGUCACUGUCCAUUUUUCCUUUAAAAUGAAAAGCAUCAAGCACAUUUUUAAAAAGCAUGGUUAACAUAACAUUUAGUUGGCCCUAAGAUUCACUGUUAGAUUUGAUUAACUGUUUCAAGUUUUCCUCUGUCUAAUAUAAUACAUUGCCCUCUUUAUUCUCUCGUCAGAAAAAUGCCUCUCAAACUACAUUGGGCCAAAGAGAAAUACACAAGUGGAUAUUCCCAAUAAAGCCCCAGUGUUUCCAAAUCCUUUGGAUAAAAUGCAUCCAACCCCAUCUUUACCAGCUUGUUUAUUCCAACCAGCUGUUUUGUUAUCUCCACCACAACAGAAGAGCAGCCAGGCAUUCCCUCCUCUUCAGAACGGUAAGAGGGUCAUUUUGACUGCCUGACAGCUUCCUGACUUUGUUUCCGUAAUCAACCCUCCAUCAGUCACAUUGUAGACAAGUCCUUUUAUGUCUUCUAAUCUAGUGUAGUAUCUAGUCCUAAGAACAUCGGUGACUGUGGCUAUUGUUCAGUUAUACAAUGUCAGGUCUUUGGUCUCAUGCCUAGGAAACCCAAUCUGAAUUUAUAGCAGGACACUCCUUACUUUUAAACCAGCAAGCAAUUGCUACACCUUGUACUUUUCCUCUUUCUCAGCUGGUUGGAGGCAUCUUGUUAAAUUUUGCCACCUUGAGGACAGGAUAGUGCUUCACCUGGGAGCCCCAUUGCUUAAGAUGGAUCUACUUCGAAGAAAACUAAGGCCCAUCAGAGUUGUGGGAGAAGUGAUUAAUAUCAUACCAUAUGUAUUAAUAUAUAUUCUCCCCAAUCAGAAAAUCGUCACAGCACAGAUCUAAUGAAACAGUACCAGAUAUUUGGGCAAGAUUGCUUUCAAAUUGCAGGGCACAAGCAUUUGAGUUUCACCUCACUUGAAGGUCAGCUCUGUAGGUGAACAUUUCCAGUUAACAAUCUGUGGUCCUGAAUACAAAAUAAAGGCACCUCCUGAAGUCUAAAAGGCCUCUAGGCCCAAGGCAUUGACAUUAGAUUGCUUUGAACAUUUUGAACUGUUUCAUUUAGACCUGGGGGCAGGUAUGUUUCUUUUGUAUUCAGAUAUCAAUCCUGGAGUGUUAAAUUAAAAAAUGAGAACUGACACUCAAAUUGGCAUUAUAACCAGCCUUCGCCUCUCUUUGGAACGUAGCCUUUUCACUCCCAUUUUUUAUUAGCCUAGGAAUAGGAUUUAAUAUAGUCGUGCAGAUUUAUUUGGUCUCCUGUGUUGUCUUUCCCUAGACUCCACUGGGAGAGAAUCAGAAGGAGAGCAGAAGUCCUCUCUGUCGAUCAAGCCACAGACGGUGGAAGAGGAUGGCAGUUCAUUCACCCAGAAAGGUGCUGGUCCUUUGCAGAGUUCUGUACAGCCAGAUGGCCAGCCAUUAGUAAGUGCCUUCUCUGCAGUGCCAAGCCAAAGCUCUGACGGCUUUUCAGAGAGGCCUAAUUCUGAUGCGACCAUGAUGGUUACCCAGAGUGAUGAUCUGCAGGGACAAAUAGCUGAGCUAACACUCCAGAACACUGUCAUUAAAGCUCAGCUGAGCAAAUUCAGGCAUUGCCCUCAGGAGGCAUGGGAUAUUUUGCAGCAGCCAUUUUCGGCGCAGAAUGGAUCAGUGCUAGAGGGGCAGGUAAGAAUGUAAGAGAGUGUUGGAUCUUGACAUUCUCAAUAAACAUUGAUAAUUUGAGAUUAUGCUUUGUGACUUGUGGAAAGGGAAGCAUGGGUGUGUAUGAACAUACACACACGACUGUCAGUUUUGCAAGAAUUACAGUCAUCAGCCAUCCAUUCAUGGCAUUUGUGUCCCUGUGGGGCAUCUUAUUGGUGACCCAUGUACUGAGUUGCCACUGAGCCUCUUGGGCUUGCCAAUCAGAAGGUUGGUGGUUCGAAUCCCCGUGAUAGGGUGAGCUCCCGUUGCUCUGUCCCAGCUCCUGCCAGCCUAGCAGUUUGAAAGCACGCCAGUGCAAGUAGAUAAAUAGGUACCGCUGUGGCGGGAAGGUAAGUGGCAUUUCCGUGCGCUCUGGUUUCUGUCACAGUGUUCCGUUGCGCCAGAAGCAGCGGUUGAGUCAUGCUGGCCACACAACCCAGAAAGCUGUGGAGAAAGGCCGGCUCCCUCGGCCUGAAAGCGAGAUGAGCACCGCAACCCCAUAGUCACCUUUGACUGGACUUAACCGUCCAGAGGUCCUUUACCUUUUUACCCUUUACCGAGUUUUCUGAAGCCUAAAUAUUUAUAGAAUCAUAUGGCUGGAUGGGGUGUUGGAGCUCAUCUGGUCCAACCGCCAGCUCAGCGCAGGGUCUUGAAUGCAGGAUCUGCAAGUAUCCCUAAUAGAUCGCCGUCCAUCCUCUGCUUAAGUACCUCCUGCAAAGGAGAGCUCACUCACCACCUCCUCAAGGCAGUCUGCCACUAUUGAACAGCUCUUACCAAUAAAAUUUCUAUUCCUGCCUUCUAGAGCAACAGAGAACAAAUCAGUUCACAUCAUUAGUGUCAUAUUUUGAUACCACGGUCAUGUCUCUCCUUAAUCUCUUCCUCAAGCAAACCAUUCAGCACCAUCCUGAUUACCCUCCUGUGGGUUCAUUGCCCUUAUUUCAGUUCAGUGUCCUGAUUUUAAAAAGGCAGUACCUAGAGCUGGACAUGGUAUUUCAGCCAACUUGGAAUAGAGUGUACAGUGGUACUUCUGGUUACGGAUUUAAUUUGUUUCGGGGUGCCACGCACACCCCAAGAAAUCCGUAACAAGAGGCGCCACUUCUGUGUGUGCGCUUUUGCACGUGUGCAAACGGCAAAACCCGGAAGUAUACACUUCCGGGUUUGCUGCUGCUGUAACCCAAAGAUCCGUAACCUGGAGGUUACGCAACACGAGGUACCACUGUAUUUUCCUUUUUACUCUGGGAAUGAGUGCAGUGCCAAUGACAAAGUGUUUGUUCCCUCCACCCGCAAAUCUUAUAUGUGAUAUUAUUUUAACUUAUUACCUGUUCUUAACAUCCAAGGGUAGGUUACAAUUAAAAAAAUUGUUUAAAACAACUUACUGAAUGUCAUUACAGUGGUACCUCUGGUUAAGUACUUAAUUCAUUCCGGAGGUCCGUACUUAACCUGAAACUAAAGCACCACUUUAGCUAAUGGGGCCUCCUGCUGCCGCCGCGCUGCCAGAGCACAAUUUCUGUUCUCAUUCUGAAGCAAAGUUCUUAACCCAAUGCACUAUUUCUGGGUUAGCGGAGUCUGUAACCUGAAGCGUAUUUAACCUGAAGUGUAUGUAACCUGAGGUACCACUGUACUCCAUUCAAUGACAUACUUUUUGAAUGCUAUUUGUAUUCUAUUUGAAAGCUGCUUAGCUUGGUAUAUGCAGAAUUCUGUUAGCUCACUUUUAAAACUCUACUCACAGGUCUCUUAAAAAAUACUUUGAAUAUUUAGGAUUGUGGGAACUCCAUUGGUUGCUGUUUUCUAGCUAGAAAUAAUUACAGACUAUUACAUUUUGCUUCAAACCAGUGAUCUGUCAUCUAUCAUGACCUACCUUUACUUGACCUUGUGCUGCCAGAAUGCUUUUUUGUGAUUAAAGACCACGUGAGGUGGCUAAAAGUAGAUUGUAGGAAAAAAGGUUGCUGAUAGCUGCUACUGCUGGGUAACUCAGAUGCACUGAGUCUGCCAAGCAGCCAAGUUCAGUAAUGAAAAGUAUGAAAAUGACUUUUAACUACCCUCUUGAAUACUCGUUUAGGGACAUGGUGAUGCCAUAAGCAGCUUGAAAGAAUUACCAAGGAGCUUGGAUGAACGAAUAGCUGAACUGAACCGCCAGAGCGCAGAAGCACGCAGCAAACUGGUGCAGCUGACCAGUCAGCAAACGUUACCAACAUUCGUCUCUGUGUCUCCGCCAGUUUCACCAAUUCCAUCACCACCCUUAAAUUUGCUUGGUAUGUUACCCACUUUUUAAAAGCUUUUCUUACAUCUGUGUUGGCAAUAUGGGUUGGUGUAUUCUGAUGAUGGCAGCUGUCUUCACUUGACAAUCUUUUCCCCCCCUUAUCUUUUUUUGAAUUUUUGAAAACAUUCUGUUUCUCUAUUUAGUAAUUGCUUGAUGGGCUUCCUCAUUACUAGAACACCUGGACACCUAAAAAUUCACUAAUCAGAUACUGUCUUUUCUAGAAACCGGAAAGAGAAGAACAAUUGAGGUGUCUGUUCCAGUUGCAGAAAUUCUGGAUAGUUCUAAAGAAAAUAGUUCUUCUCCCGCCAGUGGAACCAGUACAAAGAGGUCAGCUGCUUAGCUAUUCUAUUUUUACAGGCAGGGUGGGUAGUACCGUAUUUUUUGUCCUAUAGGGCGCACCGGCCCAUAGGACGCACCACGCACCUCGUUUUUUGGGGGGGAAAUGAAUUUAAAAAAAAUUAUUUCCCCCCAAGCCUUGCACACACCUGCCCAAAGCACGGGGCGCCCUCCGGAGGGCGCCCCGUGCAGGCUGCAGGCUGCUGCCCCAAGCCUCGCACGCCCAGCGGGACCUCCCGCUGGGCUUGCAAGGUUUGCGGAUAGCUUCCUGAAGCCUGGAGAGCUAGAGGCAUCGGUGCGCACCGACCCCUCUCACUCUCCAGGCUUCAGCGAAAGCCUGCAUUCGCCCCAUAGGACGCACACACAUUUCCCCUUCAUUUUUGGAAGGAAAAAAGUGCGUCCUAUGGGGAGAAAAAUACGGUAUAAGCUUUUGUAAGGAAUACAGCUGAGGGAAGGGGAGCAGGAUCUAGACAGCAGGCUAGAUCCUGAGCUCUUCUCCCCUUCUGUAUGAAGGGAGGUUUACUGGUGGGCCAAACUGCCUGGUGGGCCAUUCUCAGCAGCCUGGUGGAUCUCAUUGGGUCCAUGGGCCAGAUGUUCUCCACCCCAUGCUAACUUAUAGUCUGAAGAUGUGGCUGCGAUUUCCAGUGAAUCGUUACAGAUUUUGGCACUAGAAAUAGAAGGUGUCUAGCAGACAGCUUUCCUCACUUGAAAUGCCUUGAUAAGCAAAUACAGUCGUACCUCUUAAGUCAAACGCCUUGUGAGUCGAACAUUUUGGCUCCUGAACGCUGCAAACCCGGAAGUGAGUGUUCCAGUUUGCGAACGUUGUUUGGAACCUGAAUGUCCGAUGCGGGUUCCUGCAGCCAAUCAGAAGCUGCGCCUUGGUUUCCAAACAUUUUGUAAGUCGACUGAGAUACGACUGUACCUGGUUUUUCUCUCAAAUAAUAUCUGCCUCCUAAUUAAUGGAAAGUUAAAUGUACAUUAGAGCCUUGUUGAGGCACGUCAGAGGUCUGAUGUGUUUCCAUUAACAGUCAUCUAUGGACUCAGAUCGUUAAAUACAAAUGUAUAUUUCCAUUCCGUUCUCACCUGUCUAGGUCUUAAUUUAUUUAGCUAGCCAAUUCCAUCAACAUGCAUGCCUUUUUACUGAAUGACAGAGAAGCAGGCAGGUAAUACACAGGCUUAGUUAAAGUACACACGCGCACACGCACACACGGGGAAAGUUAUGGGGAUGCCCUAACCUCUGAUUUCCCUAAUUUUAGUCAAUUCGUGGGCCCCACUGGAGUCUUCUACAAAAAGUACCUGAGGGACCAGCCACCAAAGUAAGGAGGGCAUAACCCUUUCUGACCCUCCUAUAAUUCAAACACUUAUAUAAAAUUAUUUCUGAAAAUUGAAUGACUAAAUCAUCCUGGUGGUGGUGGUUGUUGUUAUGAUUAUGAUUAUUAUAACAGUCAUGGCCAAACUUGGCCCUCCAGAUGUUUUGGGACUACAGUUCCCAUCAUCCCUGACCACUAGUCCUGUUAGCUAGGGAUGAUGGGAGUUGUAGUCCCAAAACAUCUGGAGGGCCAAGUUUGGCCAUGCCUGUUAGCAGCACCCGGACUCUAGGAGCUAUAUAAUAAAUUUAAGAGAAGACCAUCUCUGCCUACAUGUUUAUAAUAUAAAGAUAAAAGGCAAUUAGGAAAUAGGACAGGGCACUCAGCACCUCUAAUUCUAUACACUUCGUGUUUCCUAGCUCUCUAUUAUUUAUGCCUACAGAUCUGCAGAUGUGUCUAGCCAGGUGUGCUUACCACUAAAUACUUCCCUGGGAAAUGUACAGUUGACUUAUGACAGUCAUAGAAUAAAGGUAAGUCAUUUUUAGACAGCCAUACUUCCACCUUUUGGCAAUGUUCAGGGUGAGUGUCAAGCCUUAGAUAGUCUAAACAACCAGUAAGAUUAAAUCAUAUAAACAAGGAAUAUUUGGUGUUACUGGAGGAAUUGCCAGGAAACUGGGACUUAUGUUCCCAUGUGGUGGGGGUGUAAAUAUGUACAGGGGGUUUUGGCAAAGGAUGUUUAAGGAGAAAACAGAAAUCACUGGGUUGAAACUGACCGAAAGUCCAGAGGUAGCAUUGUUAUCAAUUUACAAUGAGGUGGAAGGUUCGCAGGCUAGGAAGGACUUGCUCACAAAUUUAUUGACAGCUGCACGAGUUAUUAUAGCUAGGAAGUGGAAGGGGCAAGCAGAAGAUAAAAUGGAAUAAUGGUAUAAAGAGGUGUGGACUAUAGCUAUUAAUGAUAAAUUAACAUGCGCUAUUAAGGCAAGACGGGAAAUAUGCAGGGGAAAUUAUUUUGAGGAGAUAUGGAAGGUAUUUGUAGAAUUUGUACUGUUAAAACGGAAAGGGGUCAAACCAUCGCAAGAGGUGUUGAAAAUUUGGGAGGUUGGAUAGUUACAAUGGAAUGGUCUUGGGGUGGGGUGCACAUUAUUAUUUUUACAUUAUUAUUACUUUGUUAAAAUUAAUAAUAAUAAUAAGAAGAAGAUAGUCAAAACAGAACCCCAAGAUUGCAGAAGUAAUAUAUGUAUAUAUUUAAGGGGAGAACUGAAGGGGAGGCAAGGAAUAAGUGACAGUGCAAGGAAUGUAACACUUCACUUUUUUUCUCUCCAUUCCUGUAGCCUAAAAAGCAAGGAGAAGAUGGCUGGUUUGCCUUGUCAACACAUAUUGGUUAGCCCCAAGCCCAGAUGUUGUUUUAAAAGUGUUUUAACCCUUAUAAAGUUCUAGAACAGGGGUGGUAACUCGUGAACCUCCAGAUGUUGCAUUGGCCAUGACAGGAGUUGGGGCGUUUGGGGGCCGCCCCUGUUCUAGAGCCUUUUCUGCCAGGCCAUGGACAAGGUCAGUCCUGCUGGUUCUGCUGAGGUCUUUCCACAUCUGUGGCUAUGUACGUCUUGUCCAUAUUACAGUUGAACAUGGACUUGUGUCAUGUGUACAGUCUGGAGUACAGUCGGCACUUGAAACAAGCAGUGUUGCAAAGGCAUCUGUGUGCAGCAGAACUGUGCAGACAACUGCUUGUGUCAUUCCUUUAACAUGAACCACACAAGGAUGGAGCUGCUCACAUAGACAACUUGCUGUGCAGCUGCCUCCAUGCUAUUGUGUUUCCACAUUGCUGGCCUCAGCAUCCAUUGGAAACCAGCAUCCUGGAUUUGUCCCUUGUUCUUUGAUACUCAUAUCUGAAACAUUCGGUGUUGUAUGAAAGAGGAAACUGUAAUUGAUAAUUGAUGUAUGCAGUUAAUAUAAGAAGACUGAGGCAAUGUUUUAACCCUAUUAAUGCUGCUGAGCAAAUACUUUCUGGAACAAAAGCAUUUUUAAAAGGUUGCAAUAGUGACAGGCUUUAUAUCACAUAAAGCAAAUCCCUGGACUGGAAUGUAUAACUUUUGGGGUCUAGUUAAUUGUAUACUGUGCCCAUACGUUUGCCGGGCAAAUUUAUCCUGGCAUUAAGUCUUAUAGUCCAUGUGCUGCUAUUAAGAACUCGCCUAUGCGAAACCACAGAAGGCAGCUAUUUCCUGUUCCAUGCAGUGUCUUAAAUUUUUAUCCAAAAAGUGGUGCUGUUACUAUUGGCUCCGCAGAAGAAAUACAAGCGUAGUAUUUGUCUGUUCCAUUACUGCAGUGAGAAAAUGUAUUAAAGUUAUUUUGAAGGAUAGGAUUUUACUGUGUUACUUUACAUUUACAUUUUGCUCUUCUGGUGCAAAUGCAACAAAAAUCUGUCAGAAUAAAACUGUACUGUAUUUAGCAACUGACAAAAGACACUGAGGGGAAGGGACCAGUUGUACUUCAUGGAACAAGGUGUUCUGUAAUCUAGGUGCAGCCACUGAGGAGACCUCUCUCAUCCCACUCAAACCUCCUUCUACCCUAGGUGGGAUGCAGCAAAGGGACUCUCCUGAGCAGAAUAUACAAAAGGAAGUAGCCCCUAAGGUGUAUCCUAAGCUAUCACAAGCACUUUGAAUCUUGCCUAAAAGCUGACUGGUAUCCUUUCAAACCUCCAUCCCCAUCUCUGUGUGAAAUGGUAUAAUCACAUUAAUCUACAUACAAAUGUGGAAGGGCAAUUUAUAAUGGCCAUGUGAGUACCUUCCGUCAAUAGGUAUUAGUCCCUUGGUUCCCAACGGCUUGGGGUGCCUUUAUGUUACUAUCAUUUCAGACAGCUGAUUUGACAAGGUAUGCCAGCACCAUUGUAGCUGAACAAACCUGAAACAAAAAAUCACGCGAAUGUGAAAGUUUGACAGGUUCAUUCGUGAAUGGAAAAAUCUGCCGUUGGGCAACAUCGGAAGUUCCAAUCAGGACCCACAAUAAUUUAAUAGCUGAGUUUGAAGAAUUAUCCUGUCAGAGAUGCUCAGAUUUCAUAGCAGGCUGCUUAGGAGGCUAACUAAAAGUGACAACUGUAUUGAAACCUGAUUUCCAUUCUUCAAGUAUAUUAAAAAGGAGGUGAGCAUAUUUCAGGUGCGCAAACAUCUUUUCAGGAAGACCUUUCUGCAACUGAAGCUGUUAAUAACUUUCCCAUGCGUAGUGGAGAUAGAUGUGUUACACUCUUACCUUGUUGCAGGAAGACAUAUAUUUAUAAUUCUCUUUUUCUCAAUUGUUGGACAAUUUACGCUGAUUAAAAUUCAAUAAAAGCUAUAUUUUACAAAUGGUA